UCCUGUUGCUGCACGUUGCCUCUCAGCUCAGUACCACCAACAAACCUCCGCUGCGCCGUAAAAACUACAAAAAACAAGACACAGAUAAAUCGCAAACAUGCCGAAAGCCAAGAAGUCAGGAAAGAGAAAGAGGUUCGACUACAACCAAGACCGGAAGAAGAUGAAGAAAAAGUUCCUGAAGAAAUGCAACCCGAGGAUAGAAAACCCACAGAUUCGAAAUGCUUGGGACGACAAGAAAUCCAUGGCCAGGAACCUACAGGCGAUGGGUCUGGCGUUUGAUCCAAAUCGCACUGUGCCAAUAAAGAAAAAGAGUCUCCUCGGUGAAGACAGAGAGACCAAAGCUUCCGUCAACAUGGUGACUAAGCCCUACGUUCUCAACCAGCUGGAAGAGGAGGCCAACCGCCCAGAGAAAGACUGCAAGACGUUAUCCUCCGACCUGAUUGAGUAUGCUCAGUACAUGAUCCGAGAACACAGCGACGACUACAAGGCGAUGGCCAGAGAUGAGAAGAACUAUUACCAGGACACACCCAAACAGAUCAAGAGGAAAAUCAACGAGUACAAGCGCUGCCACCCGGAGCACUACGACGCCUUCAUCAGCUCGCUGGCAGCUCCACAGCCGAUGGUGCAGUAGAGGGAUUGUGGACCCUGUUCUGGACUUAAUAUCGUUCUCUCUAUCAGGAGGAGAUGGACCUCAUUCUGGAGAGCAGUGCAGACGGGACAUUCACAGAAAGUGUCCAGGAUGUCUGGGAGCAAUGAGUGACGAGUUCCUGUGUCUUGUUACGGAUUUUCUUCUCUGAUUUUUGUUCUGAUUUUAUUUUUUCCUAUUUGGAAGAUUGUCCUGACCUCAGUGUGUGUUCUGUGUGAUGACUGUCAAACAUGAUUUACUGAGAAGCAUUUUGUAAUGUAUCAUUUAAACACCUUGACGCUCAUUUAGCAGAUUGUGUCUUUCUUUCUCCAGGAUGGGGAAAAACCAUCCUUACACACACACACACACACCACGUCAUCUAAAAUUUCACAAUCAGAAAUUUUUGCCUUAAAAUGAGGCAUGGUGUUUUAGGUCUUAAAUAAUUUUAAACAGGUCUUAAUUUUCCUUCGUCCACGCGACGCUGCCUCUAAUGCUCAUUGAAAUGCUCCUGCAGUCCUAACGAAUGUUUUUCCCCCGUGGUGGUGUAGUUCUUUCUUUCGCUAGUCCAAAUAUAAUUUGCUGUAUUACGACUACAAAGACCAACAUGCAGCUUUUGUGUUGUUGGUGCGGGUCUCUUUCGGAUUGUACCACAGAUAUAAAACAGAUUUAUUCUUAAGCUAUGGGGAAGUACAAG